UAAAGGGGGAUUUAAAACCUGGCUGCACGGAUUUCCAGGUUCAGUUUCUGCCGCACGCCUCUCCCGCUUCCACCGUUCACGCAACAGGCUGCAAAACACCAAUGUGGAGUCAGGGCUGAGAGCAGCAGUAGGACCAGCUCCGCCGCCGCCGCCGCCGCCACCUGUAACUGUGCCUCCACUUUCAUGCCGACACCGAGGAUGAAGAAGCAGAACGUGCGGACCCUGUCGCUCAUCCUCUGCAUGUUCUCCUACUUGCUGGUCGGCGCCGCGGUGUUUGACGCGCUGGAGUCGGAGACGGAGAGCUCCCGCAGACGCAUCCUGGAGCAGAAGCGCAGCGAGAUGAAGAAGAAGUAUCGCUUCUCCGAAGACGACUACCGCGAAAUCGAGCGAGUGGUGCUGCAAGCGGAGCCCCACCGCGCCGGGAGGCAGUGGAAAUUUGCUGGAUCUUUUUACUUUGCCAUAACAGUCAUCACAACCAUCGGUUAUGGACAUGCAGCACCAGGCACAGAUGCAGGGAAGAUCUUCUGCAUGUUUUACGCUGUUCUUGGCAUUCCUCUUACUUUGGUCAUGUUCCAGAGCCUGGGUGAACGGAUGAACACCUUUGUCCGCUAUCUCUUACACAAAGCAAAACAGUGCCUGGGCUUCCGACGCACUGAGGUAUCCAUGGAGAACAUGGUCCUGGUGGGCUUCCUGUCCUGCAUUGGCACACUUUGUGUGGGAGCUGCAGCCUUCUCCCACUUCGAGGGCUGGAGCUUCUUCCACGCUUACUACUACUGUUUCAUUACGCUCACCACUAUUGGCUUCGGAGACUUUGUAGCCCUGCAGAAAAAAGAAGAUCUCCAGGAGAAGACCCCCUAUGUUGCUUUCAGCUUUAUGUACAUCCUGGUGGGGCUGACUGUCAUCGGGGCUUUUCUGAAUUUGGUGGUGCUUCGUUUUCUCACCAUGAACAGUGAGGAUGAGAGGCGAGACGCCCAAGAGAGGGCUUCUCUGAAGAGGGACAGGGGCCUUCUGGACGGCGGCUUGGGUCUGCGUUCACUCGGGGAACAGAGCAGGAGCAGCCGCAGAGAGAGGAACAGGGGCAACAUGGUGCACAGCCACAGCCACAGCACACUAUUCCUCCCCAUGGAGGAAGGAACCAGCCGCACCAACCUCAUCUCGUCCCCAAUGGAGGACCAGGGGAGACGAAGAAGCCCCUGCAGGCACAGGCUGCACUUCCAGAUCAAGGCGGGCGGACGCCGGAAGGAGUCGAGCCUCAGCUCCCUCUGCUCCUGUGUGUGCUACCGUCUGGACAGCUGUGACAGCCCGUUCACCUGCCACGGCGAGCACCGAGGAGGCCACGUCAAUGCUGUUUACUACAACUCGGUGUCCUACAGGAUCCAGAGCUGCUCACCCAGUCCCAGGGACAACACCGGACUCUCGUCGCCGGGGAGCACGGUCUCACCUGGCCACAGUUUUCCAGAUUUCCCUCGUUUGAGGAGAAAGUCGGUGUAAAGAGCAUUUCUGUGCUGGAAUGUGUUCACACACAUACACAGUGUUUUCAGAGACGCUGUGCUUUGUGGUACUUCCCUCUUGUGCAUGUCAGAUGACACAGAUGUUUAGUGAAUAAGCUGUUUGUGCAACUAAAAUAUCUUCAUUUGUGCAGCAAGGAUUUCUUUUUCCUUAAUUUUUACUAAGACGUUUCAGUUUUAGUUUUACUGAGACUUAUAAAUAUAAGUGGUUCUGCUGUUUUACCUGCAUGUAGGGGCAGUGCAUGUUAAAGAGAAUGCAUAGCACACAGUGUGAAUGCAUGAGUGCUACGUAAAGAUGUCAAAAACUGGGAAUUUUAUCUUACAAAAAUGACAAAAGGUAUUUUGGAUAAAAUGCUUCUAACUGUGUC